GCUGAAUUCAUUUCAUUUUAACUUCAGUAUCUUCAGUUUCCACAGAGAACUAGAACCUUCAGAACUUAUCAGUUUAAGAUGGAAAGUAUCCAAUACCUGCAGACGACUGCCAAGAAUACUGGACUAUAUGUCACAACUUCAGUUUUAUGUAUUCACAAUUUCCUUUUGGGAUUCUGUUUUGUCUACGCUGGCGUCACCAUGCCAUAUCAUCAGACUGGAAGUUUUGGAUAUAUUCUUAUGACAGAGGAUCAAAUAACAUGGUAUAUUAGCUUGAAUGUUUUGAUGAUACUGGUGGGAGCUCUUGUGAGUAGUCCUCUUAGUGAAUGGUUAGGAAGGAAGCGUGGAUUGAUCCUGGCUCACGUCCUGCAUAUUGGAUCUUGUAUAAUCAUGUUGUUUGGGUAUUCCUACUCAAUUCUUCUUGUCGGCUGGUUAAUCAAUGGUUUCUCAGCUGGUGUAGGAGUGAUCCUACCCUAUACUCUAGCAAGCGAAAUAUCUACUAUAAAACUAAGAGGAGUUCUUGCAAAUUUGAACAAUCUCUGUCAAAAUUAUGGAAUGUUGCUUCUGUAUGGAAUGAAUAUGAUAAUACCACCACAAUAUUUAUUAUUCCACGGUAUUACUCUUUCUCUGCUCUUCCUUCUCUGCUCUCCUUUCAUCGUUUAUUCUCCACACUGGCUUGUCAGGCACGGAAAGGUGGAUGAAGCUGAAAAAAUGUUGAGGGUACUGAGAGGACCUGACUAUGUUGGAAUAAAACAUGAGCUCAAAGAGGUUUUGGCAGUUACUGAUGAAAACUCAAAUAACAAGUCCUGCAUGAAACGUUGGACUUCACGCCAGUUUCUAAUACCCUUGGGUAUUAUAAUGACCAUGUUUGGAUCAAUUGGACUGUGUGGAAUAGAUGCACCCAUAAACUUGUAUGGACCAAGUAUGUUUGCUGAAUUUGGAUUUACUAUUCCAUUCCAGAUCCUCAUGCUUUUCAUCCCCACUGGAUCUGCAGUUGGUUAUACAGCUAGUGUUUUUAUUGCAAAAAAGCUGAAGAAGAAGAAUCAGUUUAUUUUGGCUGCUAGCAUCAUGGCCUUUUCAGCAGGCUUGAUAUCGUUGUCCUAUUACCUGAAGGAUCUUUCUCAAGCGGAGAGUUUUUACAAACUAUGUUCUCAGAUCCUAUUUUCGAUUGGAGUGUUUGGUCUGAUGUCAGGAUAUGGAGCUGGAUAUGGUAGUGUAACCUAUACUAUCCCUGGAGAGCUACUAGCUCCUGAAGAUAAGAGUAUUGGAGGAGCUUCUGCAGAAUCAACAAGAAUGAUUGUCACAGCCAUAGUAUUAAAGGUUUAUCCAGAUAUUCUUGAUGUCAUUGGAACUCCAAUCAUGUUCAUGGGUCAUGCUCUUGCAAUCAUUCUUGCUGGGUUGUUUGUAUUCAAGUUUCUGCCAGAUACAGAUGAUAAGAGUAUAUCGGAGAUCCAAGCUCUGUUUAAGAAGAAGGAUAAAGAACUGGUUUAAUACUCAACUUAACUUGGUAAAUUGGAUGAAUUGUGAGCUGCCAACAUUUUAAUUUGGAUUUAUUUUUUCUUUAAUGAUUAAAAUCAUGAAUUGAAAAUAUAGAUUUGAAAAAAAUUAUCA